GGACCCAGCCAUCGGUCUCCUCGUGCGGACCCACCUUCCUCUCCGGUCGCACGCGCUGCCGCGCCGCCCCCCAGCGCCCACGUGCCGCUGCCCUCACCUUCCUCCCCCGACAGCAAGUGCCACCACCCCCACCUCUCCAUCCCACCCUCCCCGGUGCUCCCUACCGGCGAGCCCGACACCCAGCUCUGCUGCUCCCUAUGACUGCCGUCUCUCCGGCUGCUCGUUACCGACCACGACAGAGCGACCAGGCAAAUAUUUUAUAGCAGUUCGGGCUCUGAAAAAGUGGCAGGUCGAGAGAUUCGUCCUCCGCCUACGUGGAUGCUGGCUACCGCAAUAUGGAGCAAGGGCUUCCCUGGCCUGCGGCUUUCACCAACUACUGCGGAGCCGCACCGCAACCGCUGCUGUUCACAGGUUCGGGGUGAUUCCAGCCAUUAUAAACUGGCUGCAGCUCGUCCGCAAGCUCACUGCCUCCACCCUGGUGCUCCGCCUCGUCUUCCCAGGAUGCACAAGUUCUAUGGCCAAAAUGGGACGAGCUGCAGCAGCAUCCAUACUUCUACUAGUAAUGCGAUCUAGUGAGGAAAGAAAAUUAAGCUGGAAAGUUCAGAGACCCCCCUGCUAAAAGUUCAGAAAGAAAUAGACAGACAAAGUUUUAUGUUUCAUGAUAUGUGUGCGUGGUGAGUAGAUAGGAAAAGAAAAUGAAGUUGUGGUGGAGAAAGAGGCCACCGCUUCUCACGUGGUCAUCCACUUCUCUUUGAUUCUUUGGAUUUUGAAAAUGCAUGAAUAGGAAAAGUAUAGGAUUGAGUGUCA